CAUCAAACAUAGACGUUACGUUGCGCUAUUUCAAACCAUCAAUCGAUCGCUAUUACCCACUCCUUCGAAUCUUCCAUCUUCUACAACCUUUGAGAAUCAUCAAAAAGCAAAAGCAAGAACUCAAAAUUCUUGAAUUUUACAUGAGCCCCAGUUGGGUUCUCCUCCAAAUUCUGAAAAAUGAUAGUGUUCAGAAGUCGUGCUUGCAUGAAAAAUCUCGCUCGGUUGUCAAAUUUGGUGAACAGGAAAGAAGGAUUAGCCUUCGGUUCAAGUUUUAGAAGACGGGCUUCCGUUGAAAGUGGCAGGAGCGAAGGUUUUGCUGAAGAAUUGAGUAAUGGGAAGCAGUUCGCGGCUCUGUGGGGGAAUGGAGAUUUUGGCAGGCUGGGAUUAGGCAAUUUGGAAUCGCAGUGGAGGCCUAAGCCUAUUUUUCCAUCUGCUUUUGAUGAUCAGAGUUUGCAGGAGGUCGCUUGCGGGGGUGCUCACACUCUUUUUCUAACUGAAACUGGAGAUGUAUAUGCUACUGGUCUCAAUGACUUCGGACAGCUAGGAAUAUCAGAUUCUCAAAAUUAUACAACUGAGCCUCACAGGGUUUCACGUAUUCCUAAAAAGAUUAUCAAAAUUGCAGCUGGUUACCAUCAUUCUGCUGCUAUUACGGUUGAUGGAGAACUCUAUGUAUGGGGGAAAAAUGCAAAUGGACAGCUUGGCCUUGGAAAAAAGGCAGAAAAGAUCAUUCCUCUUCCCCGUAAAGUUGAAUGCUUGGAUGGAGUUGCCAUUAAAAUGGUAUCUUUAGGAUUUGAACACUCAAUUGCUGUUACAGAUAACGGCGAAGCUUUGAGUUGGGGAGGAGGUGAGUCUGGACGACUUGGUCAUGGACAUGAAUCAAGCAUUUUGGGAUUUCAAAAAAGUGGCAGUGAGUAUACACCACGGCUAAUCAAGGGGUUUGAGGGAGUCAAGGUCAAAAGUGUUUCUGCUGGAAUGAUGCAUUCUGCCUGCAUUUGUGAAAAUGGUUCCGUGUAUUUCUUUGGAGAAAGAGAAUUAGGAAAAUGGGGUUUUGGCAAAGCAAAGAGUGUGACAACUCCAGCUGCAAUUAGUGCACUCCCAUUUUCAGAAGAGGUGGCCUGUGGCGGUUACCACACCUGUGUUAUUUCAACAGACGGUGGAGAACUGUACACAUGGGGCUCCAAUGAGAAUGGUUGUCUUGGUAUCGGCGGCACAGAUAUCAAUGAUUCACCUGAAAGAGUUGAAGGUCCAUUCUCUAGGCAGCCUGUUAGCAAGGUAUCCUGUGGUUGGAAGCAUACAGCAGCAAUUUCUGGAGGCGAUGUUUACACGUGGGGCUGGGGUGGUUCAAAUGGAACAUUUAAAGAAGACGGGCAUUCACCAGGCGGACAAUUGGGUCAAGGUGACGAUAUUGACUACACUGAACCAAUGUUGCUUGACUUUAACAAGAGCCUUAAAGCAUUACAAAUAUCUUGUGGAUUUAAUCAUACAGCUGCCAUAUUCCAAUGUAUCUGACUCAAGACCGACAUUUUUGUUCUGUUCCGUUCCUCACUAAACAUCAGAGAGAUUGAUAAGUCGUACCACAUUUCUGCUUGAUUCUUUCAAGGUUUAUGAAAAUCUGCAAACGUGUGAAUGCGUUCUCAACAAUAUGAGGUCAGUAACUGCUAUUUCUCCAUAUAUACUCCUCCAGAUUAAAUCAUUCGAAUAUAGUUUAGUGAAUAAAUUCUGAGCCCAGAUGUUAUGCUCGUGUAUACUUUUGUUGUAUAUAUUUUAUGGGACGUCAUUAUGUAUCUUUCACUGCAUGAAGAACACAGUGUGAUGGAGAUUGGAGACUCUUUA